CAGUAUUUCAUCUCUCGUGUACGGGAGAAGCUGCACAUUGUGCUCUGUAUGAGUCCCGUGGGCGAUGCCUUCAGGUCCCGCUGUCGUAUGUUUCCUUCACUGGUCAACUGCUGCACCAUUGACUGGUUUGUGCAGUGGCCUCGUGAGGCACUGCUCUCUGUCUCUCAGUGCUUCUUCCAGAAUGUGGACUUUGGCAGUGAGGAGCUGAAGCAGAGUUUCUCAGCCAUGUGCGUGGAGAUACAUGUUAGUGUCACUGACAUGGCUGAUCGCUUCUACUCAGAGCUGAAACGCCGAUACUACACCACACCUACCUCCUACCUGGAGCUUAUAAACCUCUACCUGUCCAUGCUAGAGGAGAAGAGACGGCAGCUAGUGGUUGCCAGGGAUCGUGUGAAGAAUGGUCUGACCAAACUGCUGGAGACCAAUGAGCUUGUGGACAAAAUGAAAGUGGACCUAUCUGCUCUGGAGCCUGUCCUAAAACAAAAAUCCAUCGAUGUUGAUGCCCUCAUGGAGAAACUGAGUAUAGACCAGGAGAGCGCCGACGAGGUGCGUAAAGUAGUAAAAGAGGAUGAGCUUUUGGCCAAGGUCAAAGCUGAAGACACCCAGGCCCAUGCCGAUGAUGCCCAGAGGGACCUGGAUGAGGCUCUGCCAGCCCUGGAGGGUGCCAAUCAGGCCCUUAAAGUUCCUCUCGACAAGCUGACAUCCUCGGAGAUCAAGGUGUUCACCAAACCCCCAGACCUAGUCAUGACCGUCAUGGAGGCUGUCUGCAUCCUGCUCAACUGCAAACCAGACUGGCCCGGUGCCAAGCAAUUGCUGGGAGAUGCCAAUUUCCUCAGGCGCCUGACAGACUAUGACAAGGACAAUAUCAAGCCUCAGAUCCUGCUGAAGCUGCAGAAAUACAUCAAAAACCCUGAUUUCAUACCUGAGAAGGUGGAGAAGGUAUCCAAAGCCUGCAGAUCAAUGUGCAUGUGGGUCAGAGCCAUGGAUCUUUACUCCAGAGUCCUCAAAGAAGUGGGCCCCAAGAGAGAAAAACUGGCCAAGGCACAGGACUAUGAGCAACAGCCAGAUGUGCCUUGGCUAAGUGAUUUUUACUGGCAGACAUGUUGUGAGCUGGAGAACACACUGCCCUGCUUCAAGGACAUCUCCAAGGAAAUCAUCAGAACGCAUAUCCACAUCAAGCUAGGACGUUUUGAAGCAUCUAUUAAUCCUGUGAAGUGGGAAGGCUAUGUGUCUGAGUUGCCUCCUUUUGGGGAGUCCAACGAGGUGAAGCAGGAGAUCAGAGGCUACUGGAAUGAGAUUUUGGGGGCCUUCCAGAAGCUAGUCCUUAUCAAAAGCUUCUUGGAAGAGAAGGUAGUCUUUGCAGCAACAGAGUUUGUGAUUGUCAGCCUGGGGAAGCAGUUUGUGGAAAACCCCCCAGUGGACCUGGCGAACCUCUACAAUGAUAUGUCCCCCUCCACACCGCUGAUCUUCAUUCUCAGCACAGGAUCUGACCCUAUGGGGGCCUUCCAGCGCUUUGCAAAAGAAAGAGGUUGUCUUGACAGAGUGGAGUCCAUCUCGUUGGGUCAAGGCCAGGGGCCGAUAGCAGAGAAAAUAAUCCAUGCAGCACUGAAGAGUGGCAAAUGGGUUUUUCUGCAGAACUGUCAUCUGGCUGUCUCCUGGAUGUUAGCCAUGGAGGAGCUCAUCAAGACCUUCACUGAGCUUGACACAUCAAUCCACGAGAAUUUCCGUUUGUUUCUCAGUUCCAUGCCUAGCAAAGUAUUUCCUGUUACAGUACUCCAGAACUCUGUCAAGCUCGAGCUUGAUUACAAAGAUGAACCCGAUGGUGAGAUCACAUAUGGAGGCAGAGUGACGGAUGCCUGGGACCAACGCUGCCUCAGGACAAUCCUCAAAGGCUUCUUCUCGCCUCAAACCCUGGAGCCUGGAUACACCUUCUCCUCAUCAGGUAUCUACCAUGCCCCAGAGACAGAUGAACUAGAGCAAUAUAAGAAAUACAUUGAGAGUCUUCCAAUCAUAGAUGAUCCCGAGGUCUUUGGCAUGCAUGAGAAUGCUAACCUGGCCUUCCAGCGCCAAGAAACCAUGACUUUAAUCAACACCAUACUGGAUGUUAAUCCUCGCUCAUCAGCCCAUCAUGGAGCUAAAAGUAACGAUGACAUAGUCUGCGAGCUUGCUGAAUCCAUUUUAGCCAAGCUAUCCGAGUGUCUGGACAUGGAUGAGGCAGUGGAAACUUUGUUUGUCCGAGACAAAAACAACCGCCUUAACUCCUUGACGACCGUGUUGGGCCAAGAAACAGAUCGAUUUAACAACCUGCUGAGAGUUCUCAGGUUGUCUCUUAUCACUCUGCAAAAGGCCAUAGCAGGUCUGGUGGUGAUGUCAGAAGAGAUGGACCGCAUAUACACAAGCUUCCUGAACAACCAGGUUCCCACCCACUGGGCGAACUCUGCCUACCUUUCCCUCAAACCUCUGGCCUCCUGGGUCAGAGACCUGGCCCUCAGGACCUCCUUUAUUCAGACAUGGAUCACACGUGGUCCACCCAAAUCUUUCUGGAUCUCAGGAUUCUUCUUCCCUCAAGGCUUUCUUACUGGGGUUCUUCAGAAUCAUGCCAGGCACUACAAUUUGCCCAUCGAUGAGCUCAACUUCCGCUUCAAUAUGGUGCCGGUGUACAGGGACCAGGUAGCAGUGUGCGAGGCUCUACGGACUCUCCCCAACAACGCUAAAAUGGACAUGGAUGAGGAGUUACCAGAGCCGGAGGACGGUGUCCUCGUGCACGGCAUGUUCAUGGAUGCCAGUCGCUGGGAUGAUGACAACAUGGUGAUUGAGGAUGCGUUACCUCGAGUGAUGAACGCUGUGCUGCCAGUGGUGCACUUCGAGCCACAGCGAAACUACAUGCCUGAGCCCGACCUCUACCAUGCUCCUCUGUACAAGACCUCAGUCAGAGCCGGGAUUCUGUCCACCACCGGUCACUCAACUAAUUUUGUUGUGACAGUAAUGCUCCCCUCCAAGCGACCCAGCGACUAUUGGAUAUCAAAAGCUGCUGCUCUCCUGUGCCAGCUGGAUGAUUAAGUUUUUUUUAGAGGACAAAAAGGAAUUUUAAAUGUGAAACCUUGAUUUAACAUGGAAGCUUCUGUGGAAUUAUUUAUAAAGAUUUUCACAGAAAUGAAUUACGCUAAAAGUGGCAGACUUUAUAAUGUGUAGAAAUUACAUUUCUGUUGAUCAAAUGAGUCUUUCAAAACCUGGUAAGGUUAGAAAUCAAGAACAAGGUUACACAGUUUGCAGUUGUACAUGAAAGUUGGUGUAAAAGAUCCACCAGUAAAUGUAAUUCAACAUAUAC